GUAAUGUGUACUUUAUGCAAGAACAAUGGUGUCAAUAUUGUAUUCCAAUAAUUCAAAACUGUGACUAAUCGUUCAAAAAUUCUUUCACGGAUUCCAUUCACUCAACUCAGGAUGAAGAUACAUUAAACAGCAAUCGGGGGUAUUGACAGUCUCGUUUCUUCUGGAUCGAUUGAUUGGUGGGAACUUGGCGGAUUCCACGAUGGGAAUUGGAAAAACGAGUCGGAGAAAAGAUAAGUAGAUGCGUUCUUGAGCUUCGUUCGGCUACUUUAGUACAGUCAUUCUUCGAGGUAUAAGAACGAAUCGUGUUAUGGUAGAGACCAAGCGAUAAGGAGGUAACGUCGUGUGACUCCAGAGUAAAUCGGUUGAUAAGAAGUAGCCGAUGCUCGUAGACCCGGGUUCUUGUACUGUUGUGUUAACAACUGGCGAUGAAUUGUGUCACCAUGUUCCAGUGCUAUUGGUAGCGGUGAUGUUGGUUGUGGUGUUGGUGGUAACGGCGACGUGCAGCGAUCUAUGAAUCCGGGGUUACUGCUCUCUCGUAGGUCGUGCUUCGUGGGUUGAGAAGCUUUCAGGCUUCCCGUGGAAGGCUAGGAACUGGUCUGUCGUGGACUCGUGGGGAUGUUAUGUGAUCGGGUUGCGUGUCCUAGCAGUGAUCCUCGAAGAUUACCCGAGGACAGUUUUUAUCCAUGGUUCAGCUUCGACGAGCUUUUGAGCUAUGAGGAGGAUACCCGGUUGAGGACAGAAGACAGGGAGGAAGACGACGAAAAGGAGUUCGAAGAACGUCUAGUAAUGUCUUCGGCUUCGAUCAACAAACUGCAGAUUUUGUGGGAUCGUUUCAUUCACGCAGAACCGCAGAGCUAUGAGAAAUCACAGUGGUUGGAUAUAUUCCUCGCGGAAUUUCUUGCCCAAAUAAACGAAGGUCGAGAUGUGAAAGAUGCUCUAUCGUUUUGUUCGGUCGACGGUGGUGGUGUAUCUACCCUUAUAGCCUGUGAGUUGCUCUCUGAUGUUCAUGAACUUUGCGCAAAGACAAUCGACGGGGACGAACUUGUUAAACUGAGGAAGUAUUUGACUCAGGAUCGUGGUUGGCGUUGUUUGGCUGUUCUACAAUUACUUGGUGUUCGUGGACUUUCUUGUGGGCGAGAAUUGGUUGCUCUACUUAUAGCUUUGUAUCCAAUUGUCCUACAAGAGGAAACGAGUAAUAAAGCCAAUUCUGUUUCAUUGGACAAAUCCACGUAUUCUUCGAUAGAUGGUACCACACGUAAUCCUUAUGUAAAAUUUUACUCCAACGACAACACCGUCGACACGGUAGAUAUCGUGUCGCAUGUGAAACGCAAAACGACGAAAUCUAACCGAUACGGUAUUUUCUACGAGAGCAAUGUAUUGUCAAGAAGGAGAACAGGUCGUAAACAUAGUAUCGGUACCAAGGUGCCGGUCCAUUGCAAGCAAAAAUCAUUUGGAACGUCCGAAGCGCGUCGCAACACACCGGAAAGCGCGAGCAGCGAAUCCGAAUUGCUGACAGAUGGUAUGGAUCAGGCAAGAUCACUCACGCUGAAGAUCCGCCUGAACCCUAUGGAUUUCGAGUAUUUCACUUCAGUCGUCAGAAGCGACGAGGAAAAGAAAUGGCAAGCAGCACUUUAUGAGCUUCCUAUCCGACCGGCAAAGAAAACACCGAGAGAUUACAUAGAUGAGCGGACCAAGGAUGUUCUAGAUGCUGGGAUUAGUAAUUUUGAGACGAGUCUUUUGAUUAUUCAAUUGCUUCAAGGACUACGAGAUUACGAUACUCCAGCCGAACAAACACCGGCUGUACAAGUUCUAAAAUUUGCCUUGGAUACGUUAUGGUCCUUACAAUUCGGCAUAGACGGUACUAGCUUGACUGGCACUGAAUGUGCUACGUUGAAAGCUGCGGCUGCUAGGCUUAUGCUUACAGCAUUGGAACGCGUAUUACGAGCAAAUGAACCAACCACCGCUGUUAUUCACAAUGGUUUAUUGCCUAUGACUUUAAGAUUACUCGAGGAUGCUUGUAGCAAGCCGGUAAAUGUUUUUUCACCGGAGGAAGGUUCCCUUUUGCAAGAGUUCAUUUUUGCCACCAUUUACGGAAUAAUAGCAUUUCUUUAUUGUCUGCUGCACCAACAAGGUAACGCAGUAGAGAAAUUGUCAGACUUUUUAGAACUAUUUCAAUUAUUUACGGAGAGCCAGGAUGGAAAGUUGGUGGAGCGAACAAUUUUUGCGAUUGUUGACCUGCCAAGCAUUGAUCCGGCGAGAUCAGUAAUCCGUGCUAGAAAGAUCAUUGAUAUGAUAGGUGCGCUAACGAGUCGCUUGAAGUCCGUUCGACAUGAUAUUUCGCACGUAGCUCAUUGCAAGAGAACAAAACACAAAUCCUGCAUUAAUGACGUUCAAAUCUACCACCAUUCGGAUGUAUUUGGGGCGCCUUAUGCUCAGCCGAUCGUUGGCGCCGUUACGAAAGAAGCAUGUUGCAUUUCGUCUCUUUUUAUGAUACUCACUAAUCUUCUCAAGCAUUCUCAUCCCUUAGUCAGCGAGUUGCAAGUCAGAUUGAUCAAAGUUUUUACAGCGGCAGGAACGUGUUGUUGUUUUCCACCCAGAAUACUCAUGACUAGUAUCAUCACUCUUUUAAAGAAACGAGAACCGACAAUUUAUAUCCCAGCCGUGACAUUCCUAGAGCGUAUCUUUUUUAAAGAACUCGGUGCUUAUUCGGAAUCAGAAGUAUGUUUCACCUGUGACAGACCUGCAACAUAUUCUUGGGAUUUUCUGGAAAUGUAUGCAGAUUUAUUGACGCCGGAUGAUUCAAAAUUAUGUUAUAUUAUAAUGGCUCAUCUUCUAAAAAUUGGGCCUUGUUCUAAAUUUCACAUUAGACAGGAAUUGCUUCUAAACAUUUUUUAUCCAACCUAUUUGAAAGCCAAAAUCUGUUAUAUAGUUAACAAAGAAAAUACUAUCGCAAAAUUUCUAAUUCAAUCUUGCCUCUCUGCAAUAUCUUGUUUGAUAAUAAACAUGCAAAUAUAUGAAGAAUUCACUGAGAUUAAUGGGUUGGAAGAAAUAUUGACUUUGUUACCAGACAUAACUUUCACAAGAAAUGUCUACGCUCUCCUAGAAGUCGCCGUCCUUGUCGAGAUCUGGAAGAAAACUUACGUGGAAUCCGAUCUCUUAGAUACGGAGAAAUCUGCCUUUAAAUCUUUGUUCGAUUCCCUUGAAAAGGAAACGAGUGAAUUAUUGGAUAUUUUGGACAAUUCGGCGAAUAGUUUUGUCGAUGAGAAAUACGUAGAACAAGUAACAAACCAAAUUCCUCACGUGGAAUUAGAUGAUCAGAAUGUUGAAGGAACAAGUAUUAUCAUAGAAAGUGAUACUUUGCAGCAACAAAGUGACGUGAAGGAAUCGAUCAACACAACUUCAAGCCUUUUAAAAAUAUGGGAUAAUUCUAAGAUUAAUAAUACAUCAUGCUCGGAAAUUGACAACGAAACAGAUACAAGUAAGAAAAUAGAUCUGUAUCAGGCUAGUGUCGCGUGGAGGACCGCAGCUGGAAUAACACUUUACAGUCCAAAAUUUCGAACUCAACUGUCGCUACAUCUCGUGUCACAAAAAUCUUCGCAGCUUUUUAUAACGCUGGCUACACAUAUCUCUACGGAUAGCAUCACAGACAUCAAUAAAUCAGCGCACAGACUCUUUGAGGCUUUGCUAACGUGCUGUCUAACAUCCCCGUUGAGUGAUAGUGACAUAAUUAUGGAAUUAGGAAGAGCGCUGAUGGACGCAGGAAUUAAAUUGGGUCGUGGAUUAGCUGUCAUCGUGGAAGUUUUAUUAAAAGUCUCUAUGUUAAAACCAGCUCAAGAAGAAACUAUACUGCAGUGUACUCGUCCUAGGUUACCGAUUAUGACAUUGGACACAAUACCAGAUUAUGCCGCCGAUGACAGUAGCACGGGUGAAUAUGUUACAGCUGAUGAUGGUUAUGAAGCAGACGUAGAAGUACCAGCACAAAGCUUACAUAGUAAUUCCGUAAAAAGAAGUAAUUCCUUAGGACCGGUAGUUGAGCCCAGAGGUCAUGCAAAUGCACAUCCGGCAUUAUGCCUAUUGGCAGUGGAUUUAUUAAUUCAUUUCAGUAAACAAGGUUUGGAUGCUGAAAAAGCAUGUAUUAUAACCGCUGGCUUAAGGAAAGUUGCAGUCACAUGCAGAGAAAGUGCUUCGAGUAGUGCCGCACUUGCAAGUUCAGGUGUAAUCACAAAGAUAUUAAAUGGCUUCAGGGAUGUAUUUACUAAUAGAGAUACCCAAUAUCAAGAUCUACAACAUGCUGUGCUAGAAGUAUUUACUUUGCUAGCGACACAAUCGAUUUCGCCAUCAGAACUAGUCAUGUACUUGUCCUUGUUCAAAGUUGAUGAACCACCUCUACAAUCGUUGUUGGAACCGCUUUUCCAUCUAGGUUUAGCUGCACGUCCACAACCAAAUUUUAUCAUAUCUUUUCCUGCACCUUCUGAUGCGAAAAUAUUAUCGAAAACUCAAUCGGAAGAAUAUAAGAACCUGGAAAAGGUUGAAAAUCUUGUAAAUAAUUUCCGAAAAAGACAUUUUACAUCGGGUAUAUGCAGUCCAUGGUCUGUGCAUGCAACCUGUCUACCAAUUGGUCCAGAACUGGCUUGGCCUGUUUGGUUGCAUGGUUGUUCCGCCUCUAUGUGGUUGAGAGUUGAAAGAGGAUUACCCGUUAGCAGCAAGGGAACAAUGAUUAAUACUUCACCAUUACUCGAUUCAGAUGAUGAGAGUUUGUCCGAUUGGGGUUUUCUGUCCGAUAAUUGGAGUCGUGAAGUCGUAGCAGGUUCUUCAUCUCCACCUACACCAACAUCGAUCAUUCAUUUGAUGUCUAUCGGAUUUGAGACUCUGGUGCUUGAAACAUGGUUGGAUCUUAAAUCAGAUAAAUUAAUUUUACGAUUAACUCGGCCAGACGACAAAAUGAAUAGAACAGUUUCGGAAACAUCUGUAAUUGGUAUGCUUCCUUCUGGUCGGUGGCAUCAUUUAGCAUUGAAUUUCAAAGACACAGUUUUAAAUAAACGCAGUGCAGUGGUUGAAGUUGUGCUUUGGGUAGAUGGGUGGAGAGAAAUCAAUGCACAAUUACCAUUUGAUGGACUGUUAGUGAGGAAACCUGGCACCACAUGUGUUCUAUUAGGACAAGUUGGAUCCAGCACUAUUGGUGCUUGGUAUCUUGGAAAUUUAAUGGUAUUCAGAUGUCCAGUAUUUACGAAGGAGAGAGCAUUAUACCUAGCAAGUCUUGGCCCUAAUUAUACUAAUCUUGCGGAAUGUACUUUAAACAUAGAGAAGCCAGAUUUUAAGCAACUAAUUGCAUCUGGCGCUUUAGAUGGUGUGCGAGAAAUACGAUUUGAGGGAGGAAAAUUUGAUACAAGUCGUAGGAAAUCAUAUGGCGGAACGUACUUAAGACACGCUAUUGAAACUAAAGUAUCCGAGACCAAAAUCGAUUGGGAUACAGUUAUGGAUGCUACAAAUUCGAAAUUGGCUGAAUUGCAAGAUAAUCUGCUUCUUAGUUAUGAAGCUCAAAAUCCCAAUAUUGUUCAUUUAUAUCCUCAGGCUAUUGCAAAUCCAGCUGCCGUGGUAAGAAAUUUAUUUCCUGGUCAACCAGGUUUUAGGGUUGUUUUUGCACCGGAACAUAGAGUUUCACAGCAACCACCUUUAUCUGUGACUCCGAUACUUUCUGCUCGAUUAGAAUGCCAACAGUAUAGAGGUCUUGUACCCGCUGCCAUUUUAGUGGGCGGUGUACCUAUAUUUUUAUAUUUGUUCGCAAGAGUAGUCGAAUUAAAUUCUAAUGAAGAAGAGCAAGCAUUAGCUCUUUCAAUAGUUCUGCAGUUAAUACGGAAUGACUCUGAACUUUUAAAUCAGUACCGAUCAGAAGAUGGAACAUCUUUAAUCCUAUGCAUUUUAGAAUCACCUCGAUGUCACACAGGUAGACACAUUCUGAAAGCAAUGUUAGAUGCAGCCUGUGAUAGUUCGAUCCUAAUAAAAGAUAUCAGCAGCGGUAAUCAUUUAGUCUCACAAAAUUGCGAAGCUGUGAUUACGGAUCCAGAUUUAAUCAAAGGUGCAUUAACUGCAUGGAGAACAUGGGCAAAAUAUGAUACAUUAAAUUUACUAUUGCAAGCAUUGUUAUUAUUAUUAAGAGAUCAACAUUCACAGCGUGAGUUCAACGCAACUCAAUUAAAUAGAGUCGGAAUUGUUGAUACCAUUUUAACACUAUGCAAAGAGCAUUUUAUGUAUGAUGAGUUUGGUGCUGUACUUGAUUCUUCAACAGGAACUGCAGUGGUUGAAUUGAUUAGGGCACUUAUGGGAGCACCUCCAGAAUUUGCUCAUCUAGUAGCUAUUACUGAUUACCUAGUUCUGGUUCAUCAAGCAUCUGAAACUUAUAUUACACACUCAAGACACAAUAUAUAUUUUUUGUUACCACCGAUUGGAGAAAAAAGAGUUGUAAAAAUUGCAGCUACAGUAACUUCCAACUCUUCAGAUGAAUCCAUAGAAACUCUUGAAAAUAGUAAAUUGGAUAAAGGUUUAACAAAUACACAGAUUCAGAGAAAUAGAAUGCCUAAAAGAAAAGAACGCCGAAAUGGUCCUCCUCAAAAUACUAGUGCUGGAGAGGAUUCAGGAAUCGCAGCUAGUGAUGGAUCCAACCCUCUUAGUAACGAAAAACAAUCUACGUGGAUGGACGAAAGGAAAGCUUGUCAAGGUUUAGUUUGUGAAGGACUUUUAUUACUCCUCCGAGAUGCAGUUAGGGUUUUACCUGAUAGCCAAGUUGGAUCAGUUUUGAAACACGUUUUAAGAGCUGAACUUUUACUUGUACUGGCUAAUAAUCCAGACACUAGAGUUCGUACGGCACUAGCUAAGGUCGUACAAAUAUAUCUACAACGUGCUAGUGAUGAGGAAGUCAACAAAUUUAUAAAGCAAAAAUAUUUUAUACAUUUAGCAAACCAAAUAGCAUUAUAUCCUGGAAGUGAAUCAUUGGUGGUUGCUUUAGAAAAUUUAGCUGUACGAGGCCCAACUCUGGCUGCAAUGCCUCCAUUAAUGGCUAUAAUAGCAAAAGCAGCAACUACUGAAUCAAAUGUAGUUAGAACAAUCGUAUCAUUUAUGACUGACAUAAUUGCAAAGAAUCCUAUUGCUUUGAGAAUGCUUUUGGAACAAGGUUUGAUUGAAUCAUUAGUUCAAGCAUUAGUAGGAAGUGCUCAUAAAAGUGGUUCUAUGUCUCUUCAUCGAGAUAUUCAUGUACUUUUUGUGGCCAUUGCCACAAAACUUUUGGAAUCCCCAGGAAAUCAUCAAAUGCAAGCUGUCCUAGACUUGCAUUUGAUAUUAAACCAUAUGGAAUUGAAAGAAAAAUCUCACUGCAUUAAAAAUAGAACCAGUAUAUCAGUUGUAAGAGAUGCACAGGUAGCACUUUUUGAUGGAGAACUCGACGUGCUUAUAGUGAAAGUCUCAAAUCAAUCGAGUUUCCGAUUACGUAGUACAGCAUCGUAUCUAGCCUCAGCUUCCCAUAUAACUUCAGUUUUUACAACGUCUAGUGAACAGAGUGACCAUGGUUUUCGAUCAUCUAGCUAUACCAGUUUACAUACACCUUCCAUCGCAACCUUACGUGAACCAGGCAAAGGAGAAUUGCUUGAACGGUUUCGCAUUGUUCUCAGCCGUGCUGUCGAAUUUAUAACAGCAGCUGAUGAAUCACCUUCUGGCAACGAGUUACAAUUAACUAAAAGAUUGUUUUCAAUACUUUUACAUGGUUUUUGUAAUCCACUACAAAAGAAAAAUCAUUGGAGCUGCGGAUGGUCAACCAGACACGCUUUAAGAAAAUAUACGGCCAAAUUAAUGGUGUGGUUACUUGGACCACAUCAAAGUAAUAAUACGAGGAUUUUUGCUGUUAGAUCACUAAUGGAAGAGUCAAAAGCUCGUGAAAUUCUGUCCUCUCUUUUGGAAGUUCAUCCACAAGUAGAACAAAAGUUCGCUGUCUUUUUUUGGGAUCUCUUACAAAGAAGAGAUGAGAUGCCUAGUGCUGAUUCAAGGAUAUGUAUAGAAUUGAAAGAAGCUUUGAGUAUAUGGGAUUUAGCAAAAGGAAUAGAACAAGCUAGUCCUGGAAUAUGGAAUGAAGAAUUGGCAUUGCUAAGGCGAGAGUUAAUGAGAGAUCGAGAUAUAUGGAUCGACAAUAAUCUUCCUGCAAUUCAAAGGAUUGCCAACAGAUUUGAUGUACUUGCUAAACAACUAACAGAAAGUGCAAUGACUAUAACGCGUACUGUCGUGGAAGAACAAAAUCGAGAACGUAAAGUAUUAAUGGAAAGACUGAAACAUUCAAGAGCGAUGGAAGCCCAAGCAAUUGCUAAAUGGAGAGAUUUAGCAAGACGUCUAACGCAUGAAAGAGCCCCUUGGCAUUUUCCAAACAGUUAUCCAAGAAAUUGGGAACUAGAUCCUACAGAGGGUCCUGCUAGAGUUAGAAUACGAUUGCAGCGGUGUCAUUUAAACAUUGAUCGAAGAUUUUUUAUGACCGAAUAUCAAGACAGGCUAGAUGCAGCAAAAAUCGAAGCCCCUUUAUCUUAUUUAUUUACGAAUAAUCGACAAGAUGCAAAUGCUACAGCAUUAAUCGAGCGACUGCAUACUAGUGAAAGAAUACGUAAAAUGUGUCAAGCCAAAGUAGUUACACCUAGAGCUGAAUUAUCUGGCGAAGUUCUUAUUGGUGAAACAUGUCUUUAUUUUGUUCCUGAUAAUCCUGAGGUUCUACUGCACACAGAUAUAGCUUUAGGCGGCUUGGAUUUAGCUAUGGUGGGUGGAACAGCUUGGCGCCUUGAAGAUAUUCGAGAAUUGCAUCGAAGAAGAUAUCAGUUACAGGAAAGGGCUAUUGAAAUAUUCCUUAUUACAGGAAGAACUUACUUAUUAGCAUUUAAUUCUUCAAAGGAAAGAGAUGAAUUUGUAACGGAAUUAUCUGCUUGCAAUUUACCGAGACGAAUACCUGGUGAUGAUUUAAGCGAAGCUAUCUCGUUGUGGCGAAGUGGGGCAUUAACAAAUUGGGAAUAUAUUACGUGUCUAAAUAAAUUAGCCGGUCGUUCAUAUAAUGAUUUAAUGCAGUAUCCUGUAUUCCCAUUUGUAUUAGCUGAUUAUACAAGUGAAAAAAUUGAUUUAAAUAAUCCAAAAAUUUAUCGAAAUUUCAAACGCCCUAUGGCUGUGCAGGAUAAAAAGAAUGAACAACACUAUAUAAAUAAUUACAACUAUCUCAAACAAGCUUUAUCGGAAGGUUUAAACUUAAUAGCGUUAAAUCAAGAACCAUUCCAUUACGGAUCGCAUUAUAGUAAUUCUGGAACAGUUCUUCACUUUCUAGUAAGAUUACCACCAUUUACUAGUAUGUUUCUAUGCUAUCAAGACGACAAUUUUGAUAUUCCUGAUCGAACAUUUCAUGCACUGGCUACUACAUGGAGAUUAACUAGUUGCGAUUCAACAACAGAUGUGAAAGAAUUAAUUCCUGAGUUUUUCUAUUUGCCUGAAUUUUUGUUGAAUUCCGAAGGAUUUAAUUUUGGAGUUCGACAAAAUGGUAACCGGGUUGGAGAUGUUGAAUUACCGAAAUGGUGUGGAGGUGAUGCACGACUUUUUAUUCUUACUCAUAGAGCAGCAUUAGAAGCAGAUCUUGUCAGGGAAGUUCUCCCUUAUUGGAUCGAUCUGGUAUUUGGAUUUAGGCAAACUGGUAGACCAGCAGUGGAAGCUAUAAAUGUUUUUCAUCCUGCCACCUACUAUGGAUUUAAUGUUGAACAAAUAGCAGAUCCUUUAGAACGUCAAGCUUGGGAAACGAUGGUUCGAACGUAUGGCCAAACACCAGCGCAAUUAUUUACGGUUGCGCAUCCCUUACUGAUUCAAAAUCUUGCAAAUACAAUAGUUCAUAGUUCAUUACCACAAGUUAUUGAAGGUGUAGAUGGCAUAAAAUGGGGAAACUAUGUUGGUGCUCCUGGGAAUGAACCAGUUUUAUGUUGGAAACAUAAACAUAAAGCACCCUUAGCAUCUUUAGUUCCUUUAAUGACUGGUGAUGUUUUUGGAUUACCUAGCUAUACUACUUUAUUACUCGUUUAUACAAAAGAGAAGGGCACAAGUAUGUUAAGUGGAGCAUUUGUAUCAGGAGCUGCUUUAGUAUCAUGGAAUGGUACAGAUGGAAUUGUAAGACUAAAAUGUAAAAAAGAGCAACCACCAAGGCCAUUAAUUAGAUCUUCGGGUCUUGACCCAAUUACAAUCUUGGGAUCAGCUCCAGAUUGUGGACAACUAUGGAUAGGUCAUUUAUCUGGUAAAAUUACGGUGUAUACAUACACAGUUGUAAUGAGUAAAAUUGACUUCACUUUAACACCAGCAUCUGUACUGUUAGCUCAUAGAAGUAGAAUAAUGACAGUGUUUCUGUCACGGGCAUUUAGCAUCGCUGUUUCAGGUGACUCAACUGGUGUUAUUGUUAUUUGGGACUUAAAUAGUUUAACAUACAUAAGAUCCAUAUUCUGUGAACAGAACUAUUCUAUUCGUUUACUUUCGAUUAGCGAAACUCUCGGAGAUAUAGCAGUUACUUAUGAAAUUCCUAGUGAAAACACGUCUUCCAGUCAAUCCGAAUUAAAAGUAUUUACUAUCAAUGCAAGGGCAGUUGGAUCUAUUUUAUCAAGAGGAAGAAUAACAGCUCUUUGCUAUAGCAACGCACCAGAAGGAGUUUCUGUAAAUGUUAUUGCAACAGGAUUAGACAAUGGUGUAAUAAGGCUAUGGAGUAGUUGGGAUUUAAGAUUAGUCAGAGAAAUUAUAAACGGUAUAAGAGGAUGCGGAGCAGUAAUUGCGAUAGCAUGGGCUUUAGACCAACAUCACUUAUAUGCUGUAACCGAAGAUUUCACUAUUCUCAUAUGGGAAGGAUCGAAACGUUUAAGCAAUGGUACUCCAAAAUUUGUAAAUUUAACAUCACUCUAAUGUAAAUAAAACUAAAAUAUAUUUUAAGUGCAUAGACAACAUGUAAAUGUUAAAUAUUGUUCAAUGUAUGUUUUCAUUUUAUUAAGUAUCUUAUAAAAUAAAAAGGAUGUUUUUUACAAUUA